UAAAGCAGCAGUAACUGGGAAGAAUGGCAAGUUGGCUCACCACUUCGCUCCACAUAAAUCGGCCGCUGGGGGACAGUGCUAAGUGGCCCGCCCAGUUCCGCCUCCAAGCAAUCCAUCGCACGGUUUCACGCAGCUUCGAUCGAAACCACUACGAGAACGUCGGUAAUCUCAGGCAAGAAUGCACGACAUCACCGAUUGAGAUGAGAUACUAGAUUGCAACGCUUGCUCAUGCGAACCAACCCAAUUCAAGCCAGACCCGCACAUUUCUCAUUUAUUUGCCUCUUUGAUGUAUGCAAAUCCAGCUGACCCGGAUGCCUCUGUCGCAGUUGCAUUGUAAUGUCUGAGAGCUCUUCUGCAGACUUAGAGCCGCAGACACUUCCUAGGUACUACCCCAAGGAACGGCACAACCAGAGGGAUACAACGCCCACUUUCUCCUCGCCAUCUGCAUCCCCUUCUCUGAGCUUCCCAUCUCCUAGCAGGUCGUUUCCAUUCUCUCCGCUGCGUCGGAGCCCUUCACCACCAAACACGAACUCGUUACAUUCGCCGCAGGCAGAUGCUGGGAACCGUGAUCGGCCCCAUGUAGUUCGAGACCACAAAGACGCCUUGACCCAAAGGCUCAAUGAUCUGGCUGCUAGACUCGCGGCAGAUGAGGUGAUGCAAGGCGAGGAUGUUGACUCUAUGCAUACCAAGGUCGACGAGCUAGAGGCGUUGAUGUUUAUGAUGAGAAGCAAACCAUUAAAUUACGAUCGCGCUCGAUCACUAACGAGCGACAACUAUGAGGGGCCUGGCUCAGGCUCAGGACGAUUAAGGUCCUCGUCGCUCGAACCGCAUUUCUCCAAGGUCUCGUUACCUAAGUCGGAACAGACAGUGCCCCAACACCAUGGGAUCGGCCAAGGAUCUUGUUUGGGCCACCCUGAGCAUGUAGAAGGAACAAAUAAACACCAGGUGACUCGUGUUUUGGCUGAGGCUCAGAAACUCCAAGCCGCCCUGGAGUCCAUUGUCAACAAUUUGAAGGCCAGGCAGGAGGAGCAAGAAGUACGAUCUCGCACACUGCAUACUACACUCCUGCUAAUCAGUAAAAGCACAUCCAUGAUCUUCUCAUCACGAGGGCAGAGCGAGCUGCUCAGCGGAUUAUAUAUCUCGAGGGGCGUGUUAGGGACCUGUGAGUCUACACAUUUCCUGUUAUUGGUUAAGAUGGAGCUUAUGAACAUAUCAAAGUGAAAACGAACGUAAUGAAGGCGAAAUGGAGAUACUGAACCUCCAGAUACAAUUAAAGGCUAUUGAGGUUCAGGUAAGCACAUUUCGAGAUUGUUUUCUACCCUCUUCAGCACAUCCACGGAGUGUAUACUGCCCAUUGAAGGCAUUUGGUUCCUCGACGACUGUCUCACAAUACCCCGAAUACCCCGCAACCCAUCAUGAAGAA